AUGUCCAACAGAAAUCUGCUUUGCUUGCUUUCUCGUCAAAAAGAAAAUCCUCCUCCCGCAAAAGCAUUUGUAGUAAUACAGAUGAUGAUGUCUUCUCCUCCUCCUCCUCCUUCUGUUUCUCUUUCUACUCUUUCUGCGAAGACGAUGAUUUUGACGAGGACGAUUCAGACGACGAGAAAAACGCGACGAGGACGACGAGAACGACGGAGUUUCUCUUCUUCUUCUUCUUCUUCUGCUUUGACAUCGAAAACGUUGAAAACGAAAUCGACGACGACAACGAGAAGAGAAGGGAGAAGAAGAAGAAGAGGAAGAAGAGAAAGCACUUUUCGAACGCGCGCGAACGAGGACGACGAAGAUUUCGCUAUUUUCCGGUUUACGCUCGGAAUUCCCGGUUUCGACGAUGGGGAUAUCCCGAGAGUGUUGGGUGUGCUCGCCGGGGCGCUGUUACUAGCGAACCACGCGAGUAGUGGCAACGUAUCCUCCGCGCAGAGCAGAGCAGAGUUGAUUGGUGCGUUGUUAGUGUGCGGGUGCUUUUACGCCCCGGAGUUGGGACGAAGAAUACAAGAAGCGACGACUGGAUCGUCCUCUUCGUCAAAGAAGAACUCGGUGGAUAUGCUCGGUGGGUCCUCGCAGUUUUUAGUGGAAGAGUCGUACAAGGAGACGAAGAACACGAACUACGCGUGGGCGAGUUACGCGGCGUUGACAAACACAAACGCGAAAGGCGUCGCGUUCUUUGAAGACACAAACGAAGGGAAGCUGAUGAUGACUGUAGCGAGAGGUAGCGUUAGAACGAUAGAAGAUGGCGCGAGUGCUAGUAGUAAUAGUGAGGUGUUGAGAAAGUUAGCGAAGGGAUUUAGUUACGAUAGAUUAGACGUGAAGGAGGAUGGGAAUUUGUACUUGUCGAGCAGGAUGGAGUUAGACGCGGCGGAGGCAAAUCGGUGGGAAUUUUUACCACCGGGUGCGGAAUCCGCUGUAGUGAGACGAGCAAAAACGGGAUCGAAAGGCGUGGUAGUCGCGUAUUCGGAUCAACCGAGAGCGUUUAAUGCAAAAGCGAGAUUGUGGUUGGGAGCUUUAGCCGAGAAAAUGUCUACGAGUGAUUAG